AUGGAGACUAAGAUGAGUAUUAUCAUUAGGAAGGAUGUUGAUGUUCUUAUUGGAAAGGAAUGGGAUUUCUAUCAUUUUCCUGUGGUGGGUCUUUCUGGUGGCAUCUUAGUGUUAUGGAAUACGAAGAUUGGGAACUUUGUGAUUACUGAUACUUCUUCACAGGUGAUUGUGGGAGAUUUAUCUAUCCCUAGAAUGGGAUCUUUGAGGAUUGCUACUGUGUAUGGUAGUAGAUAUUGCAAGGAGUGUGAAACUCUUUGGAGCUUAUUGAAUAAAUGUAUGGUGAGCUCUAAUCCUUCUAUCAUUGGGGGAGAUUUUAAUUGUGUGCUUAAUAAAGAUGAGAAAAGAGGUGGUAAAAGAUUCCUUUUUACCAAAGGACCUAGAGAUAUGAAGGAUUUCAUGACUAGUUGUGACUUUCACGAUGUGGGGAUUAUUUGUCCAAGGUAUACAUGGUGUAAUAAUAAGGAAGGGACAUCUAGGAUUUGGGAGAGGCUUGACAGAUGUCUGUUGAAUUCUACUGCUCUAAAAUUGCUUCCUUCGGCUGCUACUAGGCAUCUUGCAAGGGUGGCUUCGGAUCAUAGUCCUAUUACCUUCAAUGUCAACGAAAAGGAGCAUAUAAAGUCUAAAAUCAUUAGAUUUGAAGAUACUUGGAGGAUGUAUACAGCGGCUAGAAGCAUUGUUUAUCACUCUUGGAUGAAGAAUGACUUUGGGGAGGAAGGUAUGGUUCUACAAAGGAAUAUUAAUAGAACAUUGAAAGCUAUUUUCUUUUGGAGUAAAAGCAAAUGCAAAGAUCUAAAUGAACUUAAAGUAAAGCUGAAGAUGGAAAUUCUUGAAUUACAAUCUAAAGAAGCUGUGGGGAAUGAUUGGUCAGCUCAAGACCUGAUUUUACUUAGAAGUAAAAUUCAUGAACUUAAUGUUACCUUGGAGAGGUUAGCUACAUGGUGGAAUUUAAGAGCUAAAGAAAGGUGGCUUGAGGAAGGUGAUUAUAAUUCCAAUUUGUUUCAUAAUUUUGCUACGGCUAGAAGGAAUGGUAAUAGUAUAAACCAAAUUAGAGAUGCUUACAAUAUGAUGCAAAUUGAAGAAGAGGAAAUUGAAAAGAAGAUAAAUGAUGAGGAUAUCCAGGUUCUUAGCUCAGAUUUCUUGGUGAUGGAGCUUAAGAAGUCAGUUUUCCAGCAAGGGAACAAUCGUUCCCCAGAUUGGAAAGACACUUUAAUUGUUUUGAUUGCAAAAGUAAAGAAUCCUUUGCUUCCUUCCAAUUACCGUCCUAUUAGCCUGUGUCAGACGAAUUACAAGGUUGUAGCUACUAUGCUAGGGAAUAGAUUGAAGAUGUGUAUGCCCAAGCUGAUUACUGAGGAACAAAUGGCUUUUAUUUCUGGGAGAUCUAUCUCUGAGCACUGUCUCUUGGCACAGGAGAUUUUACACAAGUUCAAAGUUUACAGAAAUAGGAAGGGGAUGAUGGCUUUGAAGCUUGAUAUGGAGCAAGCUUGGGAUAGCAUGGGAUGGCCUACUCUUGAUCACAUCCUCAAAUGGUAUGGUUUCCCUCCUGGAUAUGCUAAUCUUAUUAUGGAAUGCAUUACUGAUGUGAGGUUCUCUAUUAUCAUAAAUGGGAGGAAUUCUAAAUGGAUUAUGGCUCAUAGUGGCUUUCGUCAAGUCUCUAAGGAUAUUGCUAAGGAGGUGAAGAGUAUUGUGGAUGACUUUUGUAAUUGGACUGGGCAAAGGAUCAAUACACAUAAAUCUCAAAUUAUUUUCGGAAAUAUUGUUAGUAAUCAUAUGAGAAAAAAGGUUACUAAAGUUUUGAGCUUCAAAGUUGUCAAGGAGAUGAGCUAUCUUGGGAUAAAGUUAUCUCUUAAUCGGUUGAGGGAAACAAAUUUUCAUGAUAUUUUAACUAAUAUGAUGGAUAGACUCAAUACUUGGGGGAAGAAAUUUUUUUCUUUGGGUGGUAAGGUUACUCUUAUCACUAGCUCUCUUUUGACCAUGCCUAACAUCUUAAUAACACACUCCAUGAUCCCUAAGAAGGUGUUGCUUACUUUGGAAAAACUUUGUAAAAGUUUUAUUUGGGAUAAACAUGAUGGUAGUCAUGGUAUUCACUACAUAGCUUGGGAUGAUCUAUGCAAACCAAGAAGUAUGGGAGGCUUGGGAUUACAAUCUCCAAUGCUGAAGGCUGGACCUUUAAGAGCAAAUCUGUCUUGGAAUUUUCUUCAAAAACCUAGUACAAUUUUUCAUAGAGCUACGAGAGCUAAAUAUGGGAAGAGUAUCUUGAAUGGUACUCAAAAUAAGGUCACUUAUAAAGCUUGGAAGAUCUUAUUAGAUGGUGGGAAAUUUCUUAAGAACAUUACUAGAUGGAAUGUUGGUAAUGGAAAAGAGUUCAAUGUGCUGAAUGAUAUAUGGAUCCUUGACAGAUGUAUCAACCAGUAG